CAAUGUUGUCUUCCCAUCAACCAGCUGAUCAUUUAUGACCUUUCUGAUCUUCUAUUUAAGCGCAGACCUUUUUCUAUCUUCCACAGAUAAAGCCAACUACUUUCUCUUUCUCAGAGUGGAUCGGAAGAGGAGAUGAAGGCACGCUCUUGUCCUCCUAUCUCAGGCCCAUCUCCAUGUAGUCUAGCCAUGAACAAAGAUUCACAUGAAAUAUCAAAAUUCAAGCCAAAGAUUCGCAUAAUUCACGUAUUUGCACCAGAAAUCAUACAGACAGAUGCUGCAAAUUUUCGUGACCUUGUACAGAGGCUCACUGGAAAACCUGCAACAGAUUUUAGAGGCUGUAAGAAGAAAAGAAGCAUGAGAAGCAAAGACGUACUGAAGACAUUGAUCCACCAUGAAUCGAGCAAGACCAUGGAAUUGCCUGAGGAGUUUCCAUGUUUGAAAAAUGGGGAGAGAGUUAAGCAGGAGCAAGAAAAGAUGUGGAGAGAUGAGAAUUCAACUGGGUUCUUUGGUGGGUUUGCUGAUUUGGAUGGUUUCAUGCAAGAGUUAAGUCAAUUUCCCCUACUUCCUUUUGAAUCCUCUAGGAUGGAUGUGUUCCAGGAGAUGCCACUUGCUUAGCUGUAGAUUGGGAUGAUAAUAUCAAUAAAGGAUUGGAUUUCUCUUGCUCCUUUUUUAUGAUGUUUUCUACCUUCUUUGAUGUAAAGGAAUGGAAACUAUUGUCAUAGUUACAGUAAAUUUCUUUCUUCCCUGCACUGAGCUAUUGAAUUUGCAUA